UGCUCCAUUCCAAUUUCUGUAAUAAUCAUAAUAAUUCAUGUCCCACCAGGCACCACUUCAGAUUACAAUGAUUGAUCUGUUUUUCUCCAACGUUUUGCUCUGUUUCCUGCCGAAUCGUUCUUUUCGCCGAUUCUGAUGGUGUUUUGUUCUAUUCUGUUGAGCAAUAGGAGGCGGAGCUUUUUUUUUUUUUUUUUUUUGAUAAGUUUCUCGGCGACUAUGGAAAAUCCGACCGAAAACGAUUCGAAUCCGAAAUUCUUAGCACUCAACUGUAUCGACCUUUCUAGUUCAGAUGUUAAUCGAUCGGUUUCGUUACUCAAGCAGGCCUGUUUGGAUACCGGAUUCUUUUACGCUGUGAAUCAUGGAAUAACGGAGGAAUUCAUGGAUGAGGUUUUUGCUCAGAGCAAAAGGCUUUUCAGUCUGCCACUGAGUGAUAAAAUGAAACUUCUGAGAAACGAGAAGCAUAGAGGCUAUACUCCUAUUCUCGACGAAUUGCUUGAUCCUGAUAAUCAAAUACGAGUAGGAGAUUACAAAGAGGGGUAUUAUAUAGGGAUUGAAGAAAAAAAUCCUGGAGAUGAUUCAGAUGGUGAAAGGCCAUUUUAUGGUCCAAAUAUUUGGCCUGCAGAAGAUUUGUUACCUGGCUGGAGGAAGAUCAUGGAGAAGUUUCAUACACAAGCACUAGAGGUUGCAAGAGCAAUUGCAAGGCUCAUUGCUCUUGCACUUGAUCUUGAGAAUGAUUUUUUUGACAAGGCAGAAACGCUCGGUGAGCCUAUUGCAAUCUUGCGCUUGUUACACUAUGAAGGCCAAGUUUCUGAACCCGCGAAAGGAAUAUUUGGAGCUGGAGCUCAUACAGACUAUGGUCUAAUCACACUAUUGGCAACAGACGAGAACCUUGGUCUCCAAAUUUGCAAGGAUAAAGAUGCUAAACCUCAAAUAUGGCAAUAUGUAGCACCACUUAAAGGAACUUUUGUGGUGAACCUUGGAGACAUGCUGGAGCGCUGGAGCAACUGCAUAUUUAAGUCCACAUUACAUAGAGUUCUGGUUAAUGGUCAAGAUAGAUAUUCUAUUGCAUAUUUUGUGGAACCUAAUCAUGAUUGUCUUGUCGAAUGUUUGCCAACCUGCAAGUCAGACAAAAACCCUCCCAAGUUUCCUCCAAUUAGAUGCAGGACGUAUUUGAGUCAGCGUUACAAAGAAACUCACGUCGAUCUAAGUACUUACAAAAAAUAGACUUUGAUAAUAUGGCCUUGGAAUUUGGGUACUCGCCAAUGAUUUGAAAAUAGUAAGAGGAUAGUGAUAACAAUAAAGAAAGUCACUUGCGCCCAAGUCUACAAGGGACAGGCAAAUGGUGGAAUAUUGCUGAGAUCGACUGAUGAAAACUUACCCAAAUUUUCAGGGCGGAUUAGCACUCUAAAGCUGUACUUACAGAAGGAAAGCAAGUAAAUUUUGUCGUCCAAUGUACUAGUGUUUAUUCAGUUUAUUGACCUCUCUAGUGAGAAAUCAGUUUGUAGUUAUAUUCUAUUUAUGAGAUUGAAGGCUCAAAUAUUCAAUACCUACUUGUAUUCUUGGUUAUCGCACUUUAUUUUAUUUGUUUUCUGUUUUUCUUUUCCUUUCUUAA